UGUCAGUGGCGUCUCUCAUGCUUGUCUAACUAAACAACACCGUGAGAUGAGCCGAACCACGUCCACAACCAGCACUCCGGCGUCUCUUUUCCAUCAUGCUGAAACAGAACGCGCACAUUUGGGGUUGUUUUGAUGCCCGAUAGUAUUUGGUGACCCGCAAUCCCUCCGCUCUCCUGCAUAUCUGUGAACAGAUACGCAUUUUUGCACGUGUUAGAUACAGAUUGUUUGACGCGCGCCGGAUCAGUGAGAGAAGUUAGGAACCGGCGGUGGUUUUUAACUUGUUGCACGGUGAUGCAAGUGUCCUCUUGCGCAAGAGAAUGAUUCAUGCGCAAUUUAUUAUACAUAUCAUUUCUUCAUCGAGCUGUGUGAUUGGCAAAAGUUGCUUUAGGAUGGGCUCAAGGAACGAGAUCCAUUCUCAACCUGCCGUAGAAUCUGCGCAGUUAAGUUAAACAUUGGACUACCGGAGAUACCCAAAGACCCAUAUUAAGAAUUGGAUGUGGAUGUUCUUGGGUCCAAAUAUAUAGUAAAAUUAUAUUGAUUUCCUAACCAACUAAUCCUGGAGAUGUCGGAGUCUUACGAGGACGGGGUGUGCGGGGAUGGAGCUCCGGACUUCAUCCCACCGAGAGCGAUUCGAUCAGGCCGGCGGAGUGGAGUCAUCGUGCCGCUGGUGGAGCGCGACGAGGCGGCUCUCCUAGAGUCGGUGAAAACGGCGCCGAGGAGGAGCAGCAUCAUUAAGGACCCUUCAGUGGCCAAGGUCAGUGGUGGAAGAAAGAAAACUGUUUCUUUUAGCAGUAUGCCAUCAGAAAAGAAGGUGAGCAGUGCUGCAGAUUGCCUUGCCUUCAUGCAGGGUGGCUGUGAGCUAAAGAAGGUGCGACCCAACUCGCGCAUUUACUCAAGAUUCUACACUCUGGACUGUGAGGUGGGCUGCCUCCGUUGGGAACCUUCCAAGAAAGAUGGUGACCGAGCUCGACUUGACAUCUCUGCCAUCCGUGAGGUCCGCACAGGGAAAAGCACAGAGACUUUUCUCCACAAUGGCCCAUCAGAUCACCUCGCUGAAGAAGCAGCCUUCUCCAUCUUUCAUGGUGACGAGUAUCAGUCCCUUGACCUGGUUGCACUUUCUGCCGAUGUGGCCAACAUCUGGGUGACAGGGUUGCGGUACCUGUUGUCUCACCCUGGUGCCAUUGGUGGAGGAAGUGGAGGGGAUGGAGGGGUGGGAGAAGGCAGUAUUGGGAGCAAGAUGAGGUGGAACUGGUUGGCGGCAGAGUUUGCACUGGUUGAUGAAGAUGGACACGGAAUUGUGUCUGAAGAUACAGCAGUGGCCACCAUCUGUAAACUCUGCCCUGGCAUUAAGGAAGCAAAGGUUCGAUUGCGCUUUAAGGAGAUUCAGCGGAGCAAAGAGAAGCUAACUUCUCAUGUUACACUGGAAGAAUUCCAGGAAGCCUACUGCGAGUUGUGUACACGACCUGAUGUCUAUUUCUUGCUAGUGCAACUCUCUAAAGACAGAGAGUGCCUUGAUGCCCAGGACCUGCGUCUUUUCCUGGAGACUGAGCAAGGUCUGUCAUUAGCCACCACUGAGGGCUGCUUGGAGCUUCUUCGCCGCUUUGAGCCCUCUGCAGAUGGGCGUGAGCGAGUUCUACUGGGCUUGGAUGGAUUUACCCGCUACCUACAGUCAGCUGAGUGCCAGUUGUUAGACCCUGAGCACCAGAAUGUGUGCCAGGACAUGAAGAUGCCCCUAUCUCAUUAUUUCAUCAGUGCCUCCUACCGCUCCUACCUGCUGGAUGACCAAGUGCAUGGCCGGGCUGAUCUUGGGGGUCUCAUUCGAGCCCUGCAGGUUGGCUGUCGGUGUCUGGAGCUAGGGGUUACUGAUGGGCCAGAAGGGGAGCCACUAUUGGGUGUAGACCAUGGUACAGAUGGAAAGCAUCAUCACCACCACCAUCACCACCAUCACCAUCAUGGUUCUGUUACUCUGCGUAGUGCCCUGGAAGUAGUCAACAAGUAUGCUUUUCUCACCUCCCAGUAUCCUCUGCUGCUGUAUCUAUGCCAGCGUUGCUCACCUUCCCAGCAACGUACUCUUGCACAACACCUAAAAAAGGUUUUUGGACCCAAGCUUCAUACCCCUGAAUCUCUGCCUGUCAGUCUGGGAGGUCGUGCAACCAUUUUACCCUCUCCAGAGCAGCUAAAGGGAAAGGUGCUUCUUGUCGGAAAAAAGCUGCCCCCAGAAGAGGAAGGUUCUGAAGGAGAGGUAUCUGAGGAGGAUGAGGAGAUUGGUGGUGGUGGUCCUCUGGCUGGCAGAAGAAUGACUAUUCCUGGGGAAGAGGAACUGGGGGUGGUCCUUGUUGUUCCCCCACCCCCACAGCCAAGGCGCCUCCGCUUGCGGCGUGAAUUGUCCGAUCUCAUCACAGUUGCUCGUACUGGAAGUCGCAGCUUUUAUGCUUACCGGACGAGUGCACAGCCAUCCCAACAGCAUUCUCCCCCCUCCACUCCUUCAACACCAGGUACACCUAUGACCCUUGACCCCCCUUACUGGACCCUGUGCUCUCUUGGGGAAGGAGAGGCAGGGCGGCUGGCCAGUGAGAGCCCAGAGGAGCUGGUGAACUUUACCAAGCGCUGUCUAACUCGUGUGCGGCCCAGCUCUGUAAGACUAGACUCUAGCAACCCAAACCCACAAGGCUACUGGAAAGGAGGUGUGCAACUGGUGGCACUCAACCAGCAGACGCCAGGUGCCAUGCUCGACCUGACCCGUGGCCGUUUUAUGCAGAACGGUGGGUGUGGGUAUGUUCUUCGUCCAGCUGUAAUGCGAGAGGAGGUUUCCUACUUUAGUGCCCAGUCACAAGGCUGCGUGCCUGGUGUACCACCACAAACACUCAGGGUGAAGGUCAUAAGUGCCCAUAGUCUACCCAAGCCACAAGGCUCUGGUGCCAAAGGUGAGGUCAUCGACCCAUAUGUGGUGCUGGAGCUGCACGGAGUGCCUGCAGACUGCACAGAGCAGAGAACUCGCACUGCUGCCCAGAACCAGGAUGACCCACUGUUUGACGAGACGUUUGAGUUCCAGGUGAACAUGCCUGAACUAGCCCUGCUGCGUUUCGUAGUUCUGGAUGAUGAUUAUAUAGGUGAUGACUUCAUUGGCCAGUACACCAUUGCUUUUGAGUGUCUACAGCCUGGUUACCGCAAUGUGCCCCUGCUGGGCCUGGCUGGAGACCCUUUGCCCCAUGCCAGCCUGUUUGUACACAUCGCCAUCACUAACCGCAGAGGUGGGGGAAAGGCCCAGAGACGGGGUCUGUCUGUCAGGAGAGGAGUGCGGCGUGGACGAGAGUACGUCACUCUGCGUAACACAGGAAUCAAAGUGCUGGAUGACGCUUUCCGCCCAGCCAAUGGACCUCUGCGAGAAGCUACAGACCUGCGAGAGUAUGCACUGAGUGCCACAGUGACUUUUAAAGAGCAGUGUGGACUCCCCCCGAUGGCCACACUGAAGCAGUGCAUCCAGAGCUUGGCCACGAGGCUGCAGAAUCCAGAUGGGCCCCCGAGUGCCACACUCACUCUGAAGGAAGGUUACCCAUGCCUGGAACCUUUGGGCAACUUGACUGACGCCACUCGUAAACUGCUAAAUGGUUAUGACACGAUGAUCUCUGCCAACAAACAGCUGAUAGAAAAUGCAGAUGGAGUGCAUGACAGAAUCGCACAAGUGCAAAAGGAAGGAAUGGUGUUUCAUGAAGAUAUGCCCAGGUUGGUAGAAAAGGAAAAUCUGAAGGGCCGUAAACAGAGUAAAGCUGUGGAAAGUUUUGCUUGGAACAUCACUGUGCUGAAGGGUCAGUGCGACCUCCUGCGAAGCGCUAAGAUAGAUGCUUUGGAUACGUUGAGGCAGCUGGCAUUGGCCUGUGAGGCGUCCGGCCUGAUCUUGACCUCUGACGGUCACUACACCCCUCAUGGCACGUCCACCAGACGUGGCAGUGGCCACAGCAAUGGUCGCAGCUGAGCCCCACAGACAAGCAUUGGCAUUGAGAGCGCAUUUAUUCAUAGGUGAAUGAAUGGUUGAAUGUUGGACAGACAGAAAGACAGAUGUAUAGGUGUCUCAGAUGAACAGAUGCCAGUAGGGGCAAUUGUCCUUUUUUGAAGUGGGUGCUUGAUUUUAGCACAGCAUUGACCAGAUGUUAUUUGAAGACAGAAUAAGGAAUGUUCUUAUCAAGACAUACUGAAUGAAAGAUGUAAAAGGAAUUAAAGCGAAUUCCUCAGCGAUAUAAAAUGACUGAUGUCAACAAUGUAGAAAACGUUCCUGCAUUAUUUAAGAGGACCUUAAUGUUGAACUCCUUGUACAGUAGUUCACAGGCUAGAAAUGUUCUUUCGAGCAGAAAUUUUUUUUUAUAAAUCUAAAACUGCAACUAAUGUGGAAUACAGAAGACUCAUUAGUCUUUCCUCUAGAUCAUGACUAAAUCACCAAAGUGUGAGGUUUUUUUACUCAGGUUAGCACGAACACAUCUCAGAAAUACUUUCAGAGGGUCUGACAUUGGUCUGCAUCAUCUUCAGGGCUGUAUCUUCCUCUCUGCUGUCACUCAAACUGAUUGACAGGUGAUGCCCACCAGCAGGACAGCACCGUUUCUGCCCCGUAGCCCUAUCCAGUCCAACGUGUAUGGGAUAUAACUGGUGCUUCUCCGUUUAAGGAAACCAUAUCCUCAUCUUCCAUCUUCAUCAGUGACAUGAAUCGUCUUCAGCUCAUUAACAAUGCAGAAUGAACUCAAGAAGGCUUUGUUAAAAUACUGCUCAGUACACCCUAACAGUGUUAACUGAGCUGGUUUCUCAAUGGGAGGACAAGUACUGAUUACACCGCAUACCCAUGUAAUGCAUUUGGAGUUCGGCACCUGGGAUUGGAACAAUGUUACAAAAUGAUGAACUACAGUUUGGGUGAAAAGUGACUUUAUUUCUAACACACAUUCCUUGGCUUGAUUGGAUGAAUGCUUCCGAUGAGUCUGCUGGUAUGGCCAUCAUCACAUUUUCUAAAACAUUUUUUGUCAUAAAGACAAAAAUGCUACUAAUGCUACUAAAAAAAAAAAAAAAAAAAAACUAUUAUAAACAGUUUUAAGCACAGAGACAACUAAAGUAGAUAAAAAUCUAAAGUAUAAACUGUUUUGUAACAUUUGACAGUGUUGUGAUAGACAAGGAAAACAUUGGCAGUAUACUGCUGUCAAAGACACACAAACUAGUUUUUGAAAUUGCAACUUUUCUUUUCACGUUACCAGAAUAAUAGAAAUUAGAUAUGUGAGAUUGGAAAGCUAUAUUUUUUCUUGUGGUAGAUAAGUAAACGUGUUGGUACAUUGUGUAUGUGAAUGUACCUGUGCAAGGGUGCUAAUUUAAAUGUGUGUGAGUCGUUUCAGUGGUACUUGUUCUGAAUGUGAUCAAUCUGAUGCCUGAUCGAUUGGUGCAGUUAUUUUUAAGCAAAACCCUGACUGUUGGUUGAUGUCAGACAUUUCAUUUUAGAAGACCAAAUGAGCAUAUUCACAACAGUGAAUAUGUAUAAAUCGAUAAUGAACAGGAUGAGAAAAGUCAUAACAUUUCCAUAUUAACAUUACAUUUACAUUUAGUCAUUCUGCAUUCUGAAUAGGGGUUGGAAGAUUAUUCCACCAGCUAGGAAUGGUCAACGAGAAUGUUCUGGAAAGUGAUUUUGAGCCUCUCUGUGAUUGUACCACAACAGGACGUUUGCUUAUUUCCACAAAAGCAAACGUCCUGUUGUCCUGUUUUGUGUCUCCGCAAGUCUUUUACUCUCCUUUUUAACUCUUUUACUAUACUUUGUACUGUUCUCUACUACUUUUUAUGUAGUUACUUUUCUCUUCCUCUGUCUGUGCCCUUGUUCUCUUCCGAUCCAUGCCUGUUCUGUGAUAGUUUUUGUGUGUGUUUACGUCUGAACUGAAUGUGUACUAAUUCCUAAAGUGUUCCUUAAAAAAACAAAUUGUUUGCUAAAGAGUGAACAAAAACAAGUUUUGUGAAUUAUGUAAGAAAAUUGUGGAUAUUAUAUCUUAAAGCUACAAACAUAGUUGUCCCCUUUACUGUGUGUGUGUGUGCGCAUUUGUAACACGUAACCCAUGUUCCUCCGGCCCCUGUAACUGCAACCCAGAGGAUCUGUGUACAUGUAAAGGAGCAAAAUCUAAAUAAUGAAUACCCAUUCACAGUAUUAGCUUUCCGUUCCAGUUUAGAUGGCUCUUGUGACCAAUCAGACAUGUGAAGUGAGUUGUCUCACUUUAGAUGGGUACCCCAUUGAGGUGCACUUUAAACUUAACAGAGCAAUCCAUUUGGACCGGUCUAUUGAUUCCUGCAGUAUUAGGUAGUGGUCAACAUCUCAGACGGUGCAAUAUUACUCUGCUGUUUGACGUUAAACAUAAUGACUAGCUUAAUGAGGAGCAUUAAUCCAGCUGUCCUAAUUUGCCGUUUCAGUUUUUUUCCCCAUGUGUGGUUACCAUGCGUUUGUUGUGUCUGCCUUUCCUCUGACCCUUAAAAAUGAAAUGUAUUGUUUUGUCGCAUUCUUGUUAGCAGUUGUUGUCCUUGUAUAAACAGAGAGUAUUUAUUAAAGGUGACAUGUGUGCGUUAAACAAAGUCUACUUCAAAGCUGUGUUGCUUUUAUUUUGAAAUGAUGGUUUGUAUUUUAUAACUAAUAGGUUGAUAUAACACAGAUGUGUCCCAGACUAAAUAAAGCUAUCUUUUACUGA